AUGCUGUAAUUUAAUUAAAGUCAGCUAAUUGGACCUAAGCCUAUUUUUAUGCAGCCUUUGGAUUCAUAUAAGAAUCUGGACGUAGAUGAUACAUAAUGUACAGACGACUUUUAAAUGAAAACAUUAUCUUAAACUAACAAUUCUUUUACACAAACUCCUCAAAUAAAAACUGAAGGUCUUAGCAAUAAAAUAGCUAGCAAGAAAAAAGUUACUUUUAAUCUCAAUAUCGUUCACUGUUAAUUUAAUCAGAGAGAACCUGCCAUAGCUAUAGGAAGGCUAGUUUAAAAAUUAAUAAAUUAGAAACCCAAUCUCUCUUGGGUAAAUCCUCAAAUCUUUAGACACUCAUGA